AUGACGUCAUCUCGCACUGCCUCUUCCGUGCGCGGUGACGUCAGCGCGCGCUGAGUAAUGGUGGUUGCGUGAAGGCCGCAACAUCUUCAGCAACAUCAUCAUUAUUAGCAACUACAACAUCAUCAUCAGCAACAACAUUAUCAACAACAGUAUCAGCAACAACAUCAACAUUAUUAUCAACAACAUCAUCAACAACAGCAACAUCAAGAACGCCAUCACCACCAUCAUCACCACCACCAUCACCACCACAUCACCACCAUCACGAUGAUCGUGACGCUGAAGACGCUCCAGCAGAAGACAUUCCGUGUGGAGAUCGAGGGGACGAAAACGGUGCGGGAGCUCAAGGUGAGGAUUGAGGAGGAGCGAGGCAGUGAGGCCUUCCCAGCCGACUCCCAGAAGCUCAUCUACGCCGGUAAGAUUCUGAGCGAUGAGUCUGCAGUCUGUGACUACAACAUUGACGAGAAGAGCUUCGUGGUCGUCAUGGUAACCAAGCCCAAGCCAGCCCCUCCCCCCAUCCCCCCGGCCCCCACCGAAGCCCCUCCCCCCAUCCCCCCAGCCCCGGCAACCACCCCGGCAACCACCCCCCCGGCCACGCCCACCCCUGGGCCGGCCACGCCAACCACGCCCAUACAAGGGCAGGCCACGCCUACCCCGGCCACGCCCACCCCCACCCCGGCCACACCCCCCGCUACCCUCGAAGAAAAAGAGGCAGGGCCCGAAGUGGUGGAGGCCACGCCCACGGGGGAGGGGCCUGGGGUGGGGGAGGCCACGCCCCCAGGGGAGGAGGCCACGCCCCCCGGGGAGGAGGAGCAGGAGGUGGCUGGGAGUGAUAUUGGAAAUCAAAACCUGGCAAAGGAGGCUGCAUCGGCUCUAGUGACUGGCCAGGCCUAUGAACAGAUGGUACAAGAGAUGGUGUCUAUGGGAUAUGAAAGAUCCAAAGUCGUGUCUGCUCUGAGGGCAAGCUACAACAACCCAGACAGAGCGGUGGAAUACCUGCUUACGGGCAUCCCAGGUUCUUCGGGAUCAGCUCCGGAAUCCGUUCAUGCUGUGGCUCCGUCUCUUACCGUGGAUGUCCCCACGGAUCCCACCACCACCUCCUCCACCUCCACUGCCACCACAACCACCUCCUCCUCAACCACCUCCUCAACUCCCUCAACCACCACCACCACCACCUCCUCAACCUCAACGCCUGCAGCAGCAGCAGCAGCUUCACAGCCUUUACCCCAACGGAGACAGAACACAGCCGCAUCGAAUCCUCUGGAGUUCCUGCGCUCCCAGCCCCAGUUUCAGCAGAUGAGGGUGGUUCUGCAGCAGAAUCCCUCCCUGCUCCCCGCUCUGCUGCAGCAGCUGGGACGGGAAAAUCCCCAACUCCUGCAGCAAAUCUCCCAGCACCAGGAGCAGUUCAUCUCCAUGCUGAACUCUCCCAGCGACGGGGGCGGCGGUGAUGGAGACGAUGGCGAUGAUGGCGAUGAUGGCGGUGAUGGCGAUGGACUGGGAGGUGCGGCGGGGAGUGGAGGCGGUGGAGUGAAUUACAUCCAAGUCACGCCCCAGGAGAAAGCAGCGAUAGAGAGGCUGAAGGAUCUGGGCUUCCCAGAGGGGCUCGUAGUCCAGGCGUACUUCGCCUGUGAGAAGAAUGAGAACAUGGCCGCCAAUUUCCUGCUCCAGCAGCAGGGAGAUGGGGAUGACUAGCGGGGUGCUGAGGGGGGUGCUGAGGGGGGUGCUGGGGGGGUGCUGGGGGGGUGCUGAGGGGGGUGCUGAGGGGGGUGCUGAGGGGGGUGCUGAGGGGGGUGCUGAGGGGAUCGAGGGUGGGACUCAGAGCGCUAAGGGUACUUAUGGGGGACUGGGGGGCGGAGGAGAGAGGGGGGGGGGGGAGAAUUACCCCCUCUAAAGACCCCUACAGAGACCCCUACAGCGACCCCUAAACUCCCCUACAGAGACCCCUACAGAAACCCCUAUACUCCCCUACAGAAACCCCUAUACUCCCCUACAGAAACCCCUAUACUCCCCUACAGAAACCCCUAUACUCCCCUACAAGAACCCCUACAGCGACCCCGACAGAAACCCCUAUACUCCCCUACAUAGACCCCUACAGAGACCCCUACAGCGACCCCGACACAAACCCCUAUACUCCCCUACAAGAACCCCUACAGAGACAUCUAUAGGGGAGCCCUAUACUUACUUACAAGGACCCCUAAAGGGACCCCUAAGGACCCCCUAGAGUGAUGCCCAUGGAUGAUUUGAGACUCCUAGACCCCUGUAGAUCUCAACAGGGACCCCUAUGGAUAACCCCAUCACUGUGGUUACCCUCACUGUGGUUACCAUCAACGUGGUUACCAUCUCCAUGGUUACCAUUGACGUGGUUACCAUAAGUGUGGUUAUGUGUGGGGUCCUUGGAUUGUUAAUCACCAUGACAACCACAACAAUAACCACGACAACAAAUACCAUCACCACAACCACCAAAAACCACAACCACACCAACCACCAAAACUACCGCAGCCGCCACAACAACCACCACAACCACCUAAACCACAAGAACCCACCACCACAACCACGACUACAACCAUCCCAACCACAACUACCACCACAACAACUACCACCACAACAACUACCACCACAACCACGAAAACCACCAAAAACACAACCACCACAACCAACAACAACUGACAACCACCACCACAACCAUUGAUGAUGAUGGAUGUAUGAGUAGUAGUGGUUGUGAUGGUGGUGAUGAUAGUGGUAGUAGUGGUGGUUGUAGUUAUUGUGGUUGUGAUGAUGAUGAUAGUAGUGGUUGUGGUAAUAGUGGUUGUGGUAGUAGUGGCUGUCACACUGCAUGUUGAUUCUCGUGGCUGUGAAGUUCAAAAGAUUUUAAUAAAAAUAUUUCACCCCGUGUC